UGUCUCUCUCUUUCACAUGCAUACACAUUACACCAACAUUUUUAAGAAAAUUCUUUUUGUCACAAAUUGUGGUAAUAUGAAUGUAAAAGAGCAGCAAAUGAAUGUAAAAGAGCAGCAAUCUCAUCUCGUUUAUUUGCAUCAACUGAAAACCGGAAUGCGAUGAAUCAACUGCUUCUAAAUUCAGUCUACAAAAUUAUGAUGAACUCAUUAUUCUAUUGAUUAAGACUGAGAUCCUCAAAUCGAGUCAAUUGCAGCCAAUUUCUUGAUUUUGGUUUUUUUGAGCAGAAGAAAGAACUGAGAAUGGUUUCCUUCUCAAGCAUAAACAAUACUUCCAAGGAUCAGAUUUUUGAGAAUGAUGUUAAUUUGACUGAGCUGACUACAUUUUACCAGCCUGGAUGGCAAAUAGCACUUUGGGCCAUUGCCUACUUAAUGAUAGUCACAGCAUCGAUCGUGGGCAAUGCCACCGUCAUUUGGAUUAUCCUGUCCCAUCGGCGAAUGAGAACAGUUACCAACUAUUUCAUUGUGAACUUGGCUCUUUCCGAUCUGCUUAUGAGUGCCCUAAACACAGUUUUUAAUUUUAUUUAUGCCUGUCAUAACGUCUGGUAUUUUGGCGAGGGAUUCUGCCGUUUUCAUAAUUUUGUUCCCGUUACUGCAAUGUUUGUCAGCAUUUAUUCCAUGACUGCUGUAUCUGCGGAGAGGUAUAUGGCAAUCGUUUACCCUUUCAAGCAAAAACUUUCUGCAGCGAACACAAAAGGGAUUAUAGGAAUAAUCUGGCUGGUGGCUUGUGCACUAGCUUUUCCACAGUUCUUUUAUGCACAAGUCAUCACCGAUCACGGAUUGGCCAAAUGUGCUGUGAGCUGGCCACACAAUCACAGCCAAAGACAGCAGCUCACGUAUCACAUAGCUGUCAUUCUCUUGGUUUAUGUACUGCCUCUCACUGUGAUGUUUUUCACAUACAGUGCAAUAGGAAUAACUCUGUGGCAUAAUGAUGUUCCUGGAGAUCAUACUAACAUGGUGUACUAUCAACAUAAGAUUGUGGCCAAGAAAAAGUUUGUCAGGGCAAUGGUUGCAGUUGUGAUAACAUUUGCCGUUUGCUGGUUCCCUUAUCAUUUCUACUUCAUCCUGGGAAGCAUCUGGAAGGAAGUCAACAGGCGGAAGUACAUCCAACAAGUUUAUCUGGCUGUGUUCUUGCUGGCCAUGAGUUCUGCAAUGUACAGUCCAAUUAUUUAUUGCUGUCUUAAUCACAGGUUCCGAUCUGGAUUCAGGAUUGCUUUUCAAUGGUGCCCCUGCGUCAAAGCUACAGAAAGAGACCGGCUUAACCUUAGCUAUCCUGACCCUUAUGGAAAAUCCAAAGAGAACAAGCAUCCAACUUCUCUACGAGCUUAGCAACGUACACGACGGAUCACUUUGUCAGUUACUCACAUGUAUUGGGCGGCAGGAUUUUUAUCCUAAGAGCUUGAGUAACAACUUCAUUGCCCUGGUUUUUGUUGUAGCAUCAAAAAUACUGCACUAGAUCAUGGCAGGUUUGUAUAUGUGAUGGUGAACCUAUAGCACAGAUGCCCAAAGUGGCAUGUGAAGUCAUGUUGCCCGGCCCGAGCGGCCUUGCCUGUUUGUCUUCCGGGUUUCCGGUGUGCAUGUGACAAUCAGCUGUCCUUCGUGCGCGCACAGCAGUGCCAAAAACCGGUGAAAAGCUGAUUGUUGGGUGCACAUAUGUGCUAGAACCCAGCUCUUGUUUAUUAGUUGGAAAAGGUGUUACUUCAGUUCUUUUUUCCCAUUGAAGUUAUCACUGGUCCAGCCCUUCUUCAAUCCCCAACAAGAAUUUAAGUGAAGACUAAAUGUUGCAACGAUCUAAAAACGGGGCAAAGUGAAAAAAAAAUUCUUCCUUGUAUUUUUCCAUAAUUGGGGAAAUCCCUGAAGUCUCUUGGAAAGAAUGACCAUCAGAUUUAACAUUAUUAUAGCUCAAUAAACAUAGCAAUAAGACAGUGUAAAGCAUGUGAGGCUUAUUUUAAAUAUUUAUUAUAAUUUAUGAGGUAAGAAUAUUUCACUCAAGAAAGGAAAAUUAUUGGUUUAUAGAAAUUUAUUAAAUAGUGAUUUAUAUACUAUAAUCAAAUUUGUUUUUUAAAUAAUUUUGGAAAUAACUUCCACAUCAAAGAUUCCAGCAGACUGAAAAGCAGCACAAAAUAAAAUCAUGGAUCGAGAUUUAUUUUUUUAGGGAAUAAAAAAACAAUUUAAAAUG